CAGAAUUCGUUCCACAUUGAACUAUCACUCAAUAAGCUCUUAGAAAAUGUUGGACAGCCAAGAGGAUGGAACGAAUGCAGAAAUGCAAAGUGAGGUCAAUGCAGUUGACAAAAUGGAACCGGACCCCAAAACCCAGUGUCCCGUUCUGCACUCACAGUCAUCCAAAGGAAGUUCUAGUUGGCCAGAACCCCAGGCCUCGGAGUUUACUAAUCAAUCGGACGUAGGAACUUCCUUGGCAACUUCCUUAGAAGAGUCCUUUAAAGUGGACUGCAGCCUGCCUAGCCUACCUCUUGAUACCCUUCUGUCACCUUUUAAUAUCAUCGAUCAAUUGCGUAAGCAGAGUGAGGUAAAGGACCUAUUGGACUUUCAGAGUGGGCUAGGGGAUCUUUCCUUAUUUGGCAAAUAUGAACCAUCUUUAUCCUCAAAGUCAGAGUGUUCUAAAGAGAGCCAAGUGCCAUACUUUAUUCCUGAAUUGGAAAUGGCUUGUGCUGAAGUAAAAGUUAACGAAGCUAUAGAAGUAAAUCCCCCUGAGAUUGAGAGUUCUAAUACUCCAGAGAUCAAGAUUUUGGACAUUCCACCUAUCAAAGAAUCAAUUAUGUCAGGGAAAAAAGAAGCAACUCUGCCUAGGAUCGAAGCACCAAAUUGCACAAUAUUAGAAGAAAUAAAUUUAGCAAACAUUGAAGAUAUCAAUUCUUAUAGAACUGAGGAAGGUAUUCUAAAAGCAAUCGAAGAAAAAGAUGAACAUAAAAGUGAAGAAUCAAAUCCUCAAGAGUUUGAAAAACUUAUGUGUUCUGCGGACCUUAAACGAAAAUCAGUGGGCUUAUUUGCCCCAAAAACUCUACAGAUCGAUGAACUAAUUGCUCCAUUAGUUGAAAAAGCCAAGCCUAAAAUGGGUCUUAUUAGCUCCUUGAUAGGAAACAAGUUAGCAUUGACACCCAGUGUAAGACUUUCUUUUGGCGAUAGAGUUGUAAAAAGAAAAAAUAUGCAAGAAAUACGAUCUAAGGAGAUUAUUCAACAGCAGGCAUCCAGAUCUCUAAAGGCACUUAUCUUAAGCUUGACUAUGCUAAAAAACUUAGAGGCAUCCUAUCAUGAUAACUCUCAUCAGAGCAGAUUAAACCGAUUUCAAAGGGUGAGGAGCUCAUUGAACUUUUCCAGGGUAUUUAGGCAGAACAUUUUUCAACUUACUUCGGAGGUAAAGGGCAGCAAGAAAGAAAUUAAAGAGACUUCGCUGUGUUGUGGAGAACCCAUAAUUGAAAGUCCCAGCAUAUAUAAAGAACCACUUCCUCUACCAUACCAACGUCUAGAUGCUAGUGAAGGAUUGACUUGUAAUGGCUUGAAUGUGAGCAAGGAUUCCGUUUUUAGUGAGGUUUCCGAAAGCGAUGACUCGGAAAUCCAGAAUAAGUUAUGUGUCAAGCAAUCCUUUCGAGGAGUACAUGGGUUACCAAGAUCCAUGGCCGAUCUGAAUGACAUUCUCAAUAGUGGAAGGGGAUUGUUCAGCCAGCCGGUGAGGCUUUUCUGUUUCAACAAGUUAAAGGAGUGGAAACGGCAAGGUAAAUUACCAGGUUCCCAUGAGAGUCCUUACCGUUCCCCCUCCUUCUCAGGCGAGGGUCAAAUCGAAAUCCUGGAGCACCAGGGAUCGUAUUAUAUAAUACUCCACGACAAGGUCACCGGAGAACUGAUUAUCCAUAUGCGGGUGGACGAAAGGUGGCGCAUUGACUACAUGACCAACAGUUCCUACAGCUGCCGCUGGACCAACAUCAACUACGCCUCCAGUCGGGAGGGCAUCCUGGAGAGGAUUGCCUGCUCCUUCCGAGAACCCAGCCACGCCGCCGAAUUCGUGGCCCGGGUUCGGAAUAGCGCCAUCCAAUCCCGCUUCGAAUAGGGGUCUUAAUUUGAAAGUAUUCAUAUUUCAGCAUUUUUGUUGAGUUCCCAGUGAAUUCCUUGGUGUUUCUUGCGUUCGAGGGCGUGUUUCUAGCUGAUGAUAAAUUAUUGUGGAAUCUUUAAA